AGUAGUCAAAUUACCAUCAUGAAAGUAGCUUGGAUUUUUUACACAAUUGCCUGGCUGACAAUUAACGGAUACGCUGCAAAAGCAAGUCCUCAGGAUUAUAGUUUAAAUGUAACCGAGAAUACCGAAAAUGUGGAUUCGAGCAGGAUUCUAAGAUCUUGCCAACAAACUAUUGGCAAGGAUGGCAUAUAUGAAAUCGCACCUUCGGGACACGAUGCAUUCCCAGUAUUAUAUAAUGCUCGGAGUGAGGGAGCCAGUUGGAUAGUUAUUGCCCGUCGUUCAAAUGCCAAUCUGAAUUUCUUUAGAAAUUGGACCGACUACAAAAAUGGAUUCGGAGAUUUGUCUGGCGAUUUUUUCAUAGGUCUUGAUGUAAUUCAUGCCAUUACGAAAUCCGGAAGCCAUGAACUAUAUAUUGAACUGGAAGAUUUCGAUGGGAACAUUCGAUACGCACAAUACAAUGAAUUUUACAUUGAAAGCGAAUAUGGUUUGUAUAAAAUGUCGAGAUUGGGAGCCUACAGUGGAACAGCUGGAGAUGCUUUACGUUAUCACAAGGGUCAACCAUUCUCGACUUAUGACAUGGACAAUGGUCCGAGUCCUGAAAACUGUGCACUUCGCUAUCUCGGUGCCUGGUGGUACAACGAUUGUCAUCAUAGCAAUUUAUUUGCCAUGUAUUUCGCUGGAGAAUAUAAUGACGAAAUGUUUGCCAAGGGAAUGGUGUGGUUCGAGUGGCGUGGAAUGUUAUAUGCAUUUAAAGACAUGAAAAUGAUGAUACGACCCAAAUCUUGUAGCUGCUAAAAUUUCAAUUACAGUGAAACCUCGAUAUAACGAAUCUGAGGGGGAUCGCAA